AACAAAAGCUGUAUCCCUUAUAGUUAAAACCACAUAAAGGGGGGAUAAACAAGGCGGUUCUAGCCUGCGGGGGUAUCCCAAUGACUGUAUCCAUACGAUUGAAUAAGACAACCACCUCUGAAAGCGAAUUGGACGAGAUUUUCCUUUUCUCCGCCCACCUCAUCUUCGUGAAGCUCACACUGGCUGAGGGCGCAUUCACUAAACAGUGGACGGGGUUGCUAUGGGCUUCGGGUUAUGAGGGCAGAGAUUUGAUUUCUACUGGGCCACCUUUAGUGCAAGAAAUUGAGUGAAGCUCGUUAAUUUUGAAUUUCCACAUUUCUACUUGAAUUCAAUCAACUUCGAAUAGCCAUGGCCCCGAAGAAAAACGCACGAGGACACAAAAUGAAAGAAGCCAAAGCACAGCUGGCCAGUAAGAAUGGCAAGAAGCCUGAGGUAGCAGGAGGAAGCUCCUUCUUCACCUGGUUCAUGGUUCUUGCCCUCCUGGGCGUCUGGACCUCUGUGGCCGUCGUCUACUUCGACCUGGUCGACUACCAAGGCGUCAUCGCCAAUGCAAAGGACUUGCACAUUAAGCUGUCUGAGACACUGCAAGGUCAACUUUCGUCCUAUGAUGCUGAUGGAGAUGGUGACUUCGAUGUGGAGGAUGCUAAAGUACUGCUAGAUGAACCUCGACCCGAUCGGAAAAGAGCGAGACACAGAGCCAACUUAAUCGAACCAGAAUCUCCAAAAACAAAGGUCAAGAAAAAAGAGGCGGCUACUGAGACCAAAGAUGAAAAUCCCGGACAUGUUUCCAAGAGAAAAGCCAAAAAAGAAAACCCUCUUACCAAAGACGUGGGCUGGAAGCUGAGGGAGGCCCUGAACCAGCAGCUGGCCAUCAUCCAUGAGCGAAUGGAGGCCAAAAAGAUUGCCAAGAUGGCUCUGGCCGAGGUGAGGAACAUCCUGGCCAGGGAGAAGGAGAAGGUCCUAGGGGUGACGAGGGACGAGGUGGCAAAGAAGGCUAAGGUGGCAACGGCAGCUAGGAUGGAGAACAAGCCAGAGAAGGGGGAGUUUAAGAAGGCCUUGGGCAAGAUUAGGAGAGGCAAAGAGCAGAAAGAGAAGGAGGGUGAAAAUAAGAAAGAGGAGAAGGAGGGAGAAAAUAAGAAAGAGGAGCACCGCAAGAAAGCUAAGAAGAAUGCGACAAAGCCAGACAAGAAGUCAGGGAAAGAGGUGAAGGGUAAGAGGGUAGAGGUCCCCAAAGACGCCAAAAAUAGAGAGUCCCCCAAAGCUGCUGCUAAAAAGCUCAAGAUGUCUGAUAAGGGGGUCCGGAAAUGAUGCUAAACUCUUCACACCUGCACUGAUGUCGGUGAUCUUUCACUCCCUCUGGUGACAGAGAUGUUAAAAGAUUCAGGAGAAACACCACCUGUGAGAGGUCUCCAGUGACAGACCCCUGCGAAU